CCCGCAGUGAGACACACUCAAGUGUAUUCGGGUUUCCAGGCAGGGAAGCUGCAACACAUGCGUUUGGACCUAUUUUAAAUGUGUUUCUGUUUGUAUUAGUCAUUACAAUAUCAUUCGCUUGUUGGAAUAGUGUUUUCUUGAUUUUAUAGCCGUUUAUAAAUCUCUAAUUAGUCCAGAUUUGAUCUUAUAUCCGUUGCUGCAUUGAAUUUAUCCAUCAGCGUAUAUAUGCAAUAGCCUACUCUUAACUCGUUAUAUCAGGCUUUAAAUUGUCGUGUCAUUUGGAGGAUAAACAUCAUUCACUUUUGAAGUCAAACCGUUAAGUGGUUUGAGAGUCAGUCAAAGCUGGUGUUCAUGCCCGAUCUGCAGCGCUUCAGUUUCCCGUACCGUAGCAUGAAUUUUCCUCUCCAUCAUCAUCACCAUCAUCAUCAUCAUCAUUAUCAGCAGCAGCAGAAUCCAGAAGGACCCAGCCAUCCCGAUUCCCCCUCCGGCUUACUCCCCGAGGCUGCUGUCCUCGGAGCCUCUGACCCAUCCGCCUUUUUCCUUGGAGAACAGUCAGGACUCGGACUGGGCCCAGCUGGCGUCCCCCAAACCGCACUUGACCUUCCGACAUCCUCCCAGACUGGACUACCUUACCUGCAUUUCAGUCCAUCCCUCCACUGGUCACAACCUCCUCCUCCUACAGCCAUGGCAUUGAGAAACGACCUGGGCUCCAACAUUAGUGUCCUGAAGACCCUCAAUCUGCGGUUCCGAUGCUUUCUGGCCAAAGUGCAUGAACUGGAGAGACGCAAUAAGAUAUUGGAGUUACAGCUGCAGCAGGCCUUAGGCAGCAAUAAUGCGGGUGGAUGCGUGGAGGAUGGAAAGACCAAAGACACUGGGGUCCAGACUGGGUUUAUUGGGCCUAUUCCCGUCCGGCCUGGGUCUCUGCCCUUCCAAAACACCAACAACUCUGCCAAACGACCCACUAGUUUGUUUAUGCCUCCCCUAACACCCGUACUCAAAUUUGAGCAAAGUAAAGCUGAUGAUGAGACCAAAACAAACCCAAUCUCCAACAGAAACCCAACCAUUACGAUUAGUCUCUCUACACCCACCACCGAACCCGCUUCGGCCAACACAAACAACUCAAAUAAUACUCCACAUGUAAGCAGUGUUGGCACCGGGACAUCUCCCAACCCUCCUCCGCGGUUCCUCCCGGGCACUAUCUGGUCCUACAACCACACCCGUAAACUGGGAAGCGGGUCAGAGGCUCGGGUCACCAGUCCAGGAGUUUCAUGGGUCCACCCGGACGGAGUGGGCGUCCAGAUAGAUACCAUCACCCCAGAGAUCAGAGCACUAUAUAAUGUCCUGGCUAAAAUCAAAAGGGAGAGGGAUGAGUACAAGCGAAGAUGGGAAGAGGAAUACACCAUCAGAAUGGACAUGGAACAGAGAGUUAACGAUCUACAGGAGGACCUCCAGGAGAGCGAGGUUUGUCAGGACGAGUUGGCCCUCAAAGUACAACAGCUGAAAGCUGAACUUGUGCUCUUUAAAGGACUCAUGAGCAAUAACCUGUCAGAGUUGGACAGUAAGAUCCAGGAGAAAGCGAUGAAGGUGGACAUGGACAUUUGCAGACGCAUCGAUAUCACAGCUCGCCUGUGUGACGUUGCCCAACAAAGAAACUGUGAAGAUCCAAUCAAGAUCUUUAAGGUUCCCAGCCCUCAGAAUGUCAUCGCCUCUCGUGCCCGUAAACAAAUAUCACAGCCUGUCAAUGGCAGUGAGACCGAUGAGCCAGUCAGCACCUCUGAGAGUGAUGGAGGUGGUGCAAGAGAGGAUGACCUGUGCACCCCUUCAACCCUGCAGAUCAAUGAAGAGAUGCAGAGGAUGUUAACCCAACUACGUGAGUGCGAGUUUGAGGAUGACUGUGAUUCUUUGGCUUGGGAAGAGACAGAGGAGACACUGCUGCUGUGGGAGGAUUUCCCAGGAUGCACCUUAACAGCCGACCCCGGUCAGGGCGAGGGAGAGUGUUUGGAGAAGGUGAUUAAGGACACUGAGUGUUUGUUUAAUUCCAGGGAGAAGGAAUAUCAGGACACUAUAGACCAGAUAGAGUUGGAGUUGGCCACAGCAAAAUCGGACAUGAAUCGACACCUGCAUGAGUACAUGGAAAUGUGCAGUAUGAAGAGAGGACUGGACGUGCAGAUGGAGACCUGCAGGAGACUCAUCACCCAGAGUGGAAACAAUAAAUCCAUUUCUCCCAUACCUGGUGGAGGUACAGAUGUAAACGGAGACACCGAACGGGAUAAAUCUGAGGAGGGAGGGAGAUAAAGAUGUUGAAACUGAUCUGAAGAAGGCAUGAAGACAAGAAACCAAACAUCCUGAUUCAUGGCACCCAUCAUCAAACAUCCAACAAGAGCCCUUCUUUUGUUUUUGGAGUGAAUCCAGUCACCGCCUCUAGUGAUGGUAUUAAGAAGUACAUCACAUGUGCUGAAUGCCCAGAGGAGAACAUGUACUCUUUGUGACAUUUUCCCUUGCAGUUGUGCAGAGAAGCUAUUCUGGUUUCACUCCUACACCAUCUCAUCUUAAAGACCGUUAACCGAGUCCUCGCAAGAUUCUAUGCUUUUAUCUAAUUUCAGCGAGUCUGUCCACAUAUGGGUAUCAAUCAUGUUUUCCGAUCUUGUCCUCCAAAUGUCUGAGUCAUCAUAUUUUCAGCAGUGAAUACAAUCUAUUUUGAUUUUGUAUGUCUUGCAGAGAUUGUUGAAAACGUUUUCAUAAAGUUUCCAUUUCCUUGAGACUUUUAGCAGCGAGAGGUCAUUCGCUCAUUGUUGCUGCAUGUACCAUUACGUGCUGCUGUAAGCCGUGGGUCGGUCGGUGUGUUAUGCUUCCUGUCUGAGCUCUUGUAAAUACUGGGCUGUUCAUACUAGUGAAGGGUGGAAGUAACUGUAGCCUGCACGUCCCCCGUUUCUGUGCUGUCUUCCUGCAGCUCAAACCCAGAUUCACAUGAAAUAUAUGACAUUUCAUGCAAACAGUAUUGUGCUGAUGACAGGCUGCUUUGCAGUCUCAGUUGUAUGCACACUUGGUCUUUUUUACUUCCUCUCUUGCUGGUGGAAAACAUGAGUGAUGAUGGUUGAGGACAUAUGAGUGAGGUUUGAGCAUGUUAUGAAAUAACCACAGCAAUAUUUGCUUCUCACUUUUCCCCUUUUUUUUCCAAUCUAAAUGGUAUUGAGCAUUUGUAAAAGCAUUAUUUCUGCUGUUGAGAGACAUUUUGAAAGUAGUUAUUUUAAGGAUUGGGUAAAUAUUUAAAUAGUUUAAAUAAAUCAAUGUUUCAAAAUAUUGCAAUAUUUUACCAUAAAAUACUGUAUUGAUAUUUUUUGUCACAAUUGUCACAUAAGUACUGUAGCAUUAGGUCAGCAAAUGCACACUCAGUUAUUUCUAAUCAGCCAAAUUCCAAACUAAGAUUGUGCUAAGAAUAAUUGCGCAAAGCACUGAAGUCCAGUGCAGAUGAAAGGUAAACAAGUGAGUAAAAGAUAGCGAUAUAUCACAGUAUUCAAAUAAAUGUACGCUAAACAUAAAGAUUCAAUAUUAUUGUAUUGGGACCCAGAUAUCAGUAAAAUAUUGUACUACUAGGUCCUUGCUGAUUCAUUUGAAAGUCAUAUAAAAAUGCUGUAUAUGUAAAGCUAGAUGUGAGACCCCCUUCAGUUCAUAUUCAAUCCGUAUUUCACCUUUCCAUGCAUCUGUAAUUCACGUAUUACUUUUCUUUGCACUUGAGACCUUGCUGGUGGAUGCGAUGGCUCGUAUUGCUGUAAAGAUAACUCUAUUUGUCUGAGCUGUAGUUUUAAUUGAAACAGCUCUGUUGUCUUGAUUGACUGUAAUACUGUGUUCUGUUACAAACUGCAGAGCAUGAAAUGGGUGGGCAAAAUUUGAUUGAUGUGAUUAUUAUGAUUGGUAAUACAGAAAGGAAAGUGAUCUAUUGAAUCAGGUAAUAAAGAGUAAAAUCCUUUAUUGUGAGAUCCUGAGGAGUGAUGUUCAUGACAGUGGUCUCCUUGACCCUUGAAAGUUAUUUCCAAAAUCCUUUUAAGAUAGGUCUGCUCAGGGCAGUUCCUUGAUGAAGACAUCCCUGUAGCCACUUUUUAACUGUACAUGAAAACCUCCUUGUCUUUCCAGUCUUACCUCAGUUCGGAUGAUUCUCUUAUUGGAUUUAUCGAACGUGUUAUUGAACCACAAAAUGUUUCAUUAUAGUUACUUAUAUAAGUUUAGUAAUAUUAUACUAUCAUAUCGACAUUUUUGACCCCCUAACCAAACCCUAUUCCUAAUUGUAACCACUUAUCAGCAAAAUAAAACAUGUAACAGGCAGGUAAAUGUAAUAAAAAAUCAUUUUAUUUACAUUGAACUAUAAUAUAGAUAUUUUUGAACAACUUACACGUUUUGGUGGAAAGGCAAAAAGUUGCUAUCAGGACAUAUCGUUAGAGAAUGAUCUCCUCGAGAGUGAGAUCUUGAUUGGGAACUUUGAAGAAUGAUCUUCCUUGGGUUAGAAACCUACAUUUUUUCUGGGACAUAUUGAAGAGCUUGUCAAAUUUCGUGUUGUCAAAAGUACCGGUACUUUGUUACCAAGUCGGUACUAAAAUAAAAAAGAUGUCACGAUACCAAUAUUUAUACAGUACCGGAAGUACAGCGCGCCGACUCAAUCGGUACCUGCACGCUGUCUGACUGACACACAAAUGUUUUAAAAUGCUCACACGUUUAUUUGAGCAUGUGCUGUGUUAUUCCUUUUACACUGAAAUGUAUAAAACAAAAUCGUGAUAUGUCCUAGUGUGAUUAUUGAACCACAAAAGGCUACAAUCUUGGUCUGUAUGAGCUGCAUGCUUUAAAUAAAUGUGUGAAGCAAACCGCUCCAGACAUUGUGAAUCAUUUGCUUUAUAUGAGAUGACAAAACAGAGCAUUAAUCCACUGUGAAGCGUGCAGCACAUGUAGACUAUACAGUAUACUUAAAUACUUAAAUCACAGCAUUCGCAUUUUAAUGAUCAUACUGGGCCAUGUUACAAACUGUUUGUCUGACAGAAGAAGUGAAAUGUCUUUCAAAACACAUAUCAAAAUAAAAGCAUGAUUCAAAUUAAAAGCUAAAUGCUUGGAAUUAAAGAAAUUGCAACAGAAUUAUAUUACAACUGUAUAGUAAAAUAUAAUAUUCACUGAAGUAAUAAUAAUAAGAAUCAAUAAUGGUUAUUAAAUAAUAAUAAUUAAGCAAUGUAUCACAAGCAAUAGUGCUGUUUUACUGAAAGAAGUUGGUUAAAAUGCAAUGGUAUGCUGAAAAGUAAUUAUUCUAUGAUUUACUUGUUAAAAGUUUUUAGAAUUCAUUUGAUUAGGCACCAUUUUGAUUAUUAAAAUCAAUUAAACUUUAAAACAUGGAAUUCUGGAAAAAUAAAGGAAAAAAGGAUUUGGGAAAAAUAAAAAGGGCCCUAAUAAAAAAACCUUAUGCAAUGCAAACCUAAUUUAGAAACACUUGAAGGAAACACAAAUUUUUUUAAUUAUCAUAUAAUACAUUAAAAUGUAACUUAAAAUAGGCUAAAGGAGUGUGUUCAAUUGCACAUUACUAUAUUGGUAUGGAAACAGGUAUCGAGAACUGUGAAAUUUCUUUGGUAUUGGUACCGACUACUGAAAUCUUAGUAUUGUGACAACACUGUAUAUAUACUGUAUAUAAAGCCUGGCCCAGCAGAAAGCAAGAUUUGCUCCCUUUGUACAAUAUUGAUCAAUAUUUUUGUUCCAUUUUCUAUUUUUAAGGCUAAGACUGCAUUUAAAUAUAUAUAUAUAUAUAUAUAUAUAUAUAUAUAUAUAUAUAUAUUUGUCUGCUAAAGGUUUAUCUGGACUAAAAGUCACUGGAGUCUUUAGAGCAAGAUCCAGAUGGGCUGCACCUACUGAAGAAUGAUCUCCUAUAGAGUGAGAUCCUGAUGGGUUAGAUCUACUGGAGAGUGAUUAUUCUAGAGCACUGCAUCCUGCAAAUGAAUGUGUUUAAUCUAAUAAUCUUUCUAGCAGAUGCAGUAGCAGUAACGUGAAAAUUAAAAACAUGGUGCUGCUCAUCCAGCUUGUAAAUGUCCACUGUAGAAAGACAAAACACAGAGUGAAAGCUUUAAUAUAUGUAUGUAUUUACAGUACAUAUCAUAGUACAUAUCACUUUCUAUGAUCUUUCUAUGACAACUGGUGAUUAAUGUGUAAAGAGGUACUUUGGAAGCACCCAUAUGAAGACAGUAAUUUAUAUGAGAAGUGUGUACAAAUCUUAGCUUAAUUGAGAAAAACAGUAAUUCUAACAGUUAGUCAAGAAAAUUAAUGAACGAGAGAAUUCUCAGGUGACCUAUCAGUUAUUAAUGUUAAAAUGAGUAAAUGAGGAAGAGGGUUUGUUUAUUUGUGAACUGAAUAUUGGCAGAUUUUUCCUCAGAACCUUCCAAUAAAAAGCACUAUAAACAACUGAGCCAUUGUCCAUCCACAGAAAAUCUUGGUUUUGUUUAUUGUUUUGGAACACUCCACUAAACUGUGUGUGUAAGACUAUGUAUGCAUGUGUAUAUGUAUGAAGUGUGCGCUCCAGGUUUCUGCAAUGAGUAAGUGAUAUUUUUCUACAGCAAAUUUACUUGAUGUUUGUUGCUAAAUGACCUUAAGGCAAAUGUCUUUUACGAGAAUUCUGUUAACAAUUGAAUUUGCGGCAUAACCACAAACCUGGUCUUGUAUAAAAAUUACAAUACUACGCAGCCAGGAAAAAUGACUCAUUGGAACUGACUGAAUUCUCCAUGUUUCUUUGUCUUAAAGGGCUUUUGGAUACCUCAGAUUUGCAUUGGCUACAAACAAUGAGUAAAU